AUGGCUUCUUUAACCCCAAUUUCGCAAUCCCAGUCCCUUUUUAACAAGACCCGUUGCCCACCCAAGUCUCUCACCAGCCCCAAUUUAGGCUCUGAUUUCUUGCUUAAAAAAUCCUCUGUUUCGAUCCCAAGGAUGAGUACCAGAGUGCCCAUGAAGGCUGCUGGGGUUGUUUCUGCCACCACGGCGGAGAAGGCCAAGAAGAGAUACCCGGGUGAGUCAAAGGGGUUUGUGGAGGAGAUGAGGUUUGUGGCCAUGAAAUUACACACCAAGGACCAAGCUAAGGAGGGUGAGAAGGAGGUCAAAGAGCCUCAGGAGAGACCAGUGGCUAAGUGGGAACCAACCGUUGAUGGGUAUUUGAAGUUCCUUGUGGAUAGCAAGUUGGUGUAUGAUACCCUUGAAGGGAUUGUUGAAAAGGCCCCUUUCCCUUCUUAUUCUGAGUUCAGAAAUACUGGAUUGGAAAGGUCUGCAAAAUUGGCAAAGGAUUUGGAGUGGUUCAAGGAGCAAGGCCAUGUCAUACCAGAACCUUCUGCUCCUGGUGUUACCUAUGCAGAAUAUCUUAAGGAACUGUCAGAGAAGGAUCCUCAAGCAUUUCUGUGCCACUUCUAUAAUAUAUACUUUGCUCAUUCAGCUGGUGGUCGAAUGAUUGGGAAAAAGGUGGCUGAAAUGAUACUCGACAAGAAGGAAUUGGAAUUCUAUAAAUGGGAUGGUGAACUUCCCCAGUUGUUGCAGAAUGUAAGGGAGAAGUUGAAUAAAGUUGCCCAGUUUCGUGUAUGUAUUUCCUUGCUUGAUGUGUUAUUUACAUCUAUGCAUCACCAGAGCUGGACGAGGGAGGAGAAGAACCAUUGCUUGGAAGAAACCGAGAAAUCAUUCAAACAUUCAGGAGAGAUUCUGCGUCUAAUAUUGUCAUGA